AUGCAACUUGUGUCUGAUUUUGUAAACGCAAAGUACCUAUAUGAAAAGGUACAUAUAAAUAAAAUAAUUUCAAAAAACUAUAAAGAAAUAAUAAAGAAGAAUGAAAAUCCAACAUUUGAAGAUGAAAUACGAGCUUUUACAAGUGUUAGAAACAACAUUUUAACAGAACAAUUUAAAGGGCCAAAUGAUAAGUUAUUAAAAUUAUAUAAAGAAUAUUUAUUUUAUUUUGAUAUAUUUAAAAAAAAAAAAUUAUUAAAAGAUAAUACUAUAUUAUAUAGUAAUAAUAUAUAUGAAAAAAAUAAAAAAGUAGAAUAUGUAUUUGAGCAAGAAAAUAUAAUAAUACUAUUUAAUAUAUGUAUGAUAAAAUGUAGCUUAUUAAAAUAUCAUAAAAAUUCAAAUGAUAUGAAAUUGUUAAAUAAAAUAUCUAAUAAAGUUGUAGAUAUAUUUAAAUAUUUAUUUGAAAAUAUGAAUAAUGAUAAAUUGAGUGAAUUAACAGAUAUCAAUUGUGCUAGUACUUAUAUAUUUUUAUGUAUGGCAUUAGCAUAUCAUGAAAAUAUGUUUUACAACACUGCUAUAUUAAAAAAAUGUAAAAGAAAUUUAUUAUCAAAAUUAAGUUAUAACAUAUAUACCUAUUUUAGUAAUGCAUUAUAUUGUUUAGACGGGAAAAUGCUUGAUGUAUUUAAAAAUGCAACAAAAUUUUCAACUGCAAAAGGUAAUAUACAUUAUAUAAGGAAUGUGAAUAAUUCAUUUUAUAAUUUUAUAUUAAUAAAUAAAAUAGUCUUCAUCAGUAUUAGUAAUUAUCAUUGUGCUUUAAAAUAUGCACAACUAAACCAAGAGGUUGAUGAUAUAAAUAUUCAAAAAUAUGAAGAAGACAAAAUCGGAGAAAUCAUUUGUAGAUUAAAAUAUAGUUUAGACAAUGUAAAUAAUGGAAUAGAAAUUUGUAAAAAAAAUAAUUUUAGUAUGAAUUUUUCUGAAUUAAAAGAUAAAAUUGUUAAAUCAUUAAAUUUUUUUGAACAUGAAAAUAAAAAUAUAUAUUUUGAGGUUAUACCAACAUAUGAUAAGUUAGAUAAAUUAAAAGGCACUGAAGUUAUAAAAGUUAAAGAUAUAGAUAUAUCUGAUAUUUAUAUAAAAAAAAAUAUUUCAAAUGAUUUAAAAUUAUUAUUUAAUAAACAAGCUCAAAAUAUUUAUUAUCAAUAUAAUGGAGAAUUAACACAAGUAUAUAAUUUAUUUGAAAAAAAUUACACAAUUUUAAAUGAUCAAUUUAAAGUAAUGAAUAUAUCUAAUCGAAAAAAUAUUAUAUCAUCUCUUAAUAAUGCAAUUAUAAGUUCGUAUAAUAAAAUUAAGGAUUAUUAUAGACCUGAUAUAUAUUACAACAAUUUAACUGCUCUAAAUAAUGUAGAGGUACAUUUACAAGACAUACUAAAUCAAAUUGAAACAAAUUUAAAUACAGAACAUCGAAAUAAUUUUGAAUUUCAAAAAAAAUAUGUUAAUGUUGGAAUAAAUCAAGAGUCCUUAAAUUCAUAUAAUUCAUUUUUGCAACAUGUAAAAAGUUUUAAAACUGCUUUAGAACAGCUUCGAAAAAAUGUAGACACAUUUAAAAAAUUUCUAGAAAAUAAUCAUGAAAAUUUUCAAAUAUGUGAAAUGGAAAUCUCUGGAUUUUAUAAGCAUGUAAUUGAUAAUCUUAAUCUUUGUACUAAUGUAAACAUUGAAUCAUUAGAUAGUAUUUAUUCAUAUUACCAGUCAAUUUUAUCUGAAGAAAAUGAACCUCUAAAAAAAGAAAAUGAAUUAAAUGAAAAAAAUGAUAUUGAAAGUACAGCUCAAUAUAACAAUUUACCAUCAUUAGUAUAUACUGAUUUUCAAACUUUUUUAAAAGAAAAUAAUAUAAUUAUUAAUAUAAAUAAAAAUAUAGAUAAAAAUAAUUUAUUUCACUACGACAAAUUAAAUAACUAUAUCAAUGUUCAUUCAGAGUAUAAAUUUUUUUAUGUCCUUGUUUCAAUCUAUUUUUCAUUAAGCAUACAGCUCAAAAAGUUUUCAUAUCACCUACACAAUUUGAAGAAUAGCAUAAAAGAGGAGUUUCUGAAUUCGAUAACGGAGGAAAAAGAUAGCGAUAAAUUGAAUGAGCUAUUGGAAAAGGAAAGGGAAAUAUUAAAUAUGAAAAAAGAAAAGCUUGAAGAAAUUGUAUCAUUCUUUGAAAAAGAUCUUAAUAAGUUUUAUGAUUACUUUCACGAAUAUAACAAGCUAGACAAUUUCAAAACUCUUGACAACUUUAACAUAUUUUUAAAGGAUCUAAUGGAGAACUGCAAAAAGCUCAACACCAUGUACGAGCGACACUCACAUACUUUGAAAAAUGCUCUCAUGCUAAAGGAUGAUGUAAACAAGUAUAUAUACAUGCGUGAAAGCGAACGGUCAAACAUAAGGAUACAACAAAUCCCCAAUAACUGUCCAAGGGAUGGUCAUAAUAGUCAUAAGCCUUUUUAA